CGCCCACAUCAGUGAAUGUCCAAUUAAAAUGYUUCAGUGGGGGGCUUCAGUGCCGCUGUUGCAAUCGUUCUGUAUCAUCCACAUGGGAUGGAUCUCUUCGUUCUCCUAUUCGCAGUUUUGCUUAAAAUUGAAAGUGUCAAUUCUCAACUGCAUCCAGCACCAAUACUUUUCGAUCUUUAUGGCGARCAAAAGCURAUUCUUCAAAAUUCCUUAAGAGGACAAACAASUCAAGUCAAAAACAAAAUGGGAUGUUUUUCCGARUGCACUCGAAACUUAUGGUGUCGUGCGGGGAAUUUCAAGAUYGUUGCCGAAUCCAAUGGACUYCAUGUUUGUGAGAUACUCUCCUCAGAUCGCUUCACGAAGAUCAACAAAGUCGUAAAAGAUGAAAAGUUUGAGCAUUUUAACGUGAAGACUCCGUGCCAUAUCCUGAAGAAACCGUGUAUGAACGAUGGAAAGUGUGAAGCGACACUAGACACCCAUCACUGUAAAUGUUCACUGGGACUAAUUGGUGAACAAUGCCAAGACGGACUGUGGUCUCCAUGGAGUCAGUGGUCAAGUUGCCUACCUUCUCUUUGUGUACCAAAGCGAAUUAGAGAAUGCACUGCUCCCGUUCCUUAUGAAAACAGCUGCCAUGGACCAGCGGUAGAGACCAAUUCGACAUGCCCAGAACAUCCGACAGCUGCCAUAAGUAGCUGCAUUGCACCGUUGGGAAUGGAGGACGGGCGAAUAAAGGAUGCGCAGAUUACAUCAUCAUCAUACGCCGCAUCAAAUGAAGCCCACGCAGCAAGCUGCCAUGGACCAGCGGUAGAGACCAAUUCGACAUGCCCAGAACAUCCGACAGCUGCCAUAAGUAGUUGCAUUGCACCGUUGGGAAUGGAGGACGGGCGAAUAAAGGAUGCGCAGAUUACAUCAUCAUCAUACGCCGCAUCAAAUGAAGCCCACGCAGCAAGGAAUGGCCGACUUCGCAAGACCGACUCAGGAAAUCCWKUCARUUCUAUUGGUGGCUGGGCUGCAGGUGGAGAUCUAAUUGGCGAGUAUAUUCAAGUUGACCUUAAGAGUACCAAGGUCAUCUCCAUGGUAGCCACACAGGGUCGAUCUAACAAUAAUCCAAMGUGGGUCACUAAGUACACAAUAUCUUAUAGCGACGAUGCGCAGACGUGGCAAAACUAUUAUACCACAGAUUGUAUUAAGUGCACUCGAAACCUUUGGUGCCAAGCAGGAAAUUUUAAGACUGUUUCCGAGUCUAAUGGACUUCAUAUUUGUGAGAUACUUCCUUCGGAUCAAUUCACGAUGAAAAACAACUUGAUAGACUUUGAAAACUUUGAGCAUUUCAAUUUGAAGACUGUGUGYCACAUCAAGAACAGACCAUGUUUGAAUGAAGGAAAAUGCGAAGUAACAAACGAUAAUCACCGUUGUAAAUGUGGACAAGGACUUAUGGGAGAACAGUGUCAAGAAGGAAUCUGGUCACAAUGGAACCAGUGGUCCAAUUGUCUACCUUCUGUGUGUGUUCCAAAGCGAGUCAGAGAGUGCAGUGCUCCUGUUCCAUAUAACAACAGCUGUCGUGGACCAGCGGUAGAAACCAAUUCGACAUGCCCAGCACCAUUAGCUAUCGACAUAAAUGGAUGUAAGCAGCCAAUGGGGAUGGAGGAUGGAAGAAUAAAGGACGCACAGAUCACUGCCUCGUCGUAUGCCUUUUCUGACAGAAAUACUCAACACCAUCCAAAAUAUGGGCGACUUCACAAGAGAGAAUCGGCAACUCAUAUCGGGGCCUGGGCUUCAGGCGAUAAAAAGUAUGACGAGUACAUUCAAGUCGAUCUUGGAAGUGUCAAGGUCAUCACCAUGGUCGCCACACAGGGACGACCGGGCUGCUGCUUAUCUUGGCAGCGCCAGUGGGUUACUAAGUACGCAGUGUCUUACAGUGAUGAUGCGCAUGCGUGGAAAGACUAUUUGACGAGCGAUUGCAUCAAGGUAUUCCCAGGAAACACCAAUCAAGACACGGUAGUCACCAACAAGUUUGAAAAACCUUUUAAUGCACGGCAUUUCAGGUUGAUAGUUAAAGACUUUUAUGAUUGGCCAACACUCAGAAUGGAAUUAUAUGGCUGUGAUAGGCUUUAAGUAACAAUGCGCUUAAGAACUAGGGAACUCUCUAUUGUUCUGCGGCAUUGCAACUUUUCCACGUACGAAUGUCUUGAUUUUCACAAUGAUUAUWUAUCAACCUAUGGGUAACACAUUUUUGAAAUAAAAUGUUGAAAAACUCUAUUUUGAAACAAACUUUCUUUUGUGUUAAAAGCUCUGAUCCAAUCAUCAUAAGCACUCAAAACAAUAGCCAAAAGAUGAUUCUAAUUUGCUAUGUUCCCCACGUAGAAUUGCAUUAAUAUUGAAGCUAAAGAAAGCUUUCAUGAAAGUGAAAACAGACAUCAAAUAGAAUAUUAGAAACUGCGCUAACUUGUGAAAUUAUAGCAGAUUUUCAUGUUYUAACCAAUGGGAUGDAUGGAUUAUACAAUGCACAAUUAGCACCUUCUUGCAUUCCUUUGCCGUUUGCUUCCCUAUAGUUCUUACUCGGGGCAUUCCUUAACAAAAAGAACACUUCUACAGUAGCAAGGUAGUUUUAUGUAGUAUAUAUAGUUUGUGCUUUAGAUAGUGAAAUAGAUUCUAGGCUAAGAGACACCAUAGUUUGUAGAAGGGGAWAURGUUAGGAAGCCGGCCUGUUUUUGUAGUUUUUUUUUAAGCAUGAACUUUCACAAGUUUUGUUUAACUAUUGUUUUAGUCACUGACUGGUGACAUCUGAAUGAACAGAGCUAGAAUAAUUCUUUUGACUAUUUCUUCAAAAACAAAACAACAAAAAAUUGAAAUAUUUCAUUUUAUAAACUCAUCAAGUGUUUAUGUUCAAUUAKAUUGCAACUUCUAUUGUCCAUUAGAGAAAAAAUGCACAUACAAAAUAUGUACAAAAGAAGUACAACAAAAGGUUUCCAAACCAUUCCCCUCUAUUGUUGAACAUUCAAUAUAUUGCAGGGUCCGAUCCAGCUUGUGAGCGCAGGGAGUGCCUGUCUUCUUCAAUGAAUUUUUGUGGGGUGCACCCCCUACUGAGUGCCCCGCACCCCCUGGUGAAGAUCCUGGAUCCGCCCCUGUAUUGUGCUAUUUAACACUAUCUUUAGAAUGCUUUAUUUUCUUCCCUUUAAAAGCAUUCAAUAGACAGCUCUAUUUAUAAAAUAACGUUCAUAUUACGCGCGCUCUGAUUGGCCAAAAAGCCGUGUUUGAUGAGAGCAUAAUUUACACGCUCGCGUCAAUUUUUUUCUCGGCUUUUUUUUUUCUCAUGAAUAUUUGAGCGCUUGUUAUUUUAUAAAAGCAAUAAAAAACAGU